GCAAAAGCUGCACGUUAGUCACCGGGCCAAACCAUACUAGCACGUUUCAUUGACACGCACAUUUGCUUUGUAAUAAAUCAAUUCGAACUGUAUAAUUCGGGUAAGCGUUUUUGGGAACAUAUGCGGUGACUAGUUCGGGCCUGGGUGUUAGUGCUGUGAUUGCGGGCACACCACGCAACGAUUUAUGAAUAAUUGAUUGAUCCUAAUUGGGAUCGAUGGGAACAGCACCAGUGAGGGAGGCCAGAGAGAACAAACUUUCAAAUCAUGGGAGCCAAUAACGGAAGUCCGAUCACCGAUCAGCAGCUGGAAGAGUAUGCGGAGCUUACGUAUCUUAGUAAACCGGAAAUAAUUUUCAUCCUUCAACGGCUGCUUAAUCUUGACGAAACGAAGCACUUUACCACUAUCAAGCGAUAUCCGGAGCAGGCCGUGGUUGAGUUGUUCCCUCAGCUGAAGCACAAUCCCUUCCGUGAUCGUCUUCUGCACGUAUUUUCAUCCGAAAGAGACGAUAACUUUUCGUUCGAGGAUCUGCUGGAUCUGUUCAGCGUGCUGUCGGACAAGUGUCCACUGCAGGUGAAGGCGACCUGGGCUUUCCAACUUUAUGAUUUUGAUAAUGAUAAUUUGAUCACAAAGGAAGACAUCAUGGUGCUGUGUGAUCGUCUAACGAAGGAGGAACAAUUCGACCACCAAGAAAAGCAGACCAUUGCAGAUUUGCUGCUUCAAGAGAUGGAUCUCCAGAACAACGGUAAUCUGGCAAUGUUUGACUUUGUCCACGCCAUGUCCAAGAUGCCCGAGUUUCAGCACACUUUUUCCUGCCGAUUGUAGAAUAAAUCGACAACGGGGUUGGUUCGGUGUUACUUCCA